UCAGCUACAACGCCGGGAUCAGCGCGUGCGAGAAGGGCAGGCUGUGGGAGCGGGCUUUGGCGAUGCUCGGUGAGAUUUGCCAGGCGAAGCUGGAGCCCGACUCUCUCCUACAGCUCUGGGAUCAGCGCGUGCGAGACGGGCGAGCAGUGGCAGCGGGCCCUGGCGCUGCUGAGCGAGAUGUGUGAGGCGAAGCUGGAGCCCGAUGUUAUUUACCCUUUACAGCGCUGGGAUCAGCGCGUGCGAGAAGGGCGGGCAUUGGCAGCCGGCGCUCGCGCUGCUCAGCGAGAUGUGGGAGGCGAAGCUGAAGCCCAACUCAGCUACAGCGCUGGGGUCAGCGCGUGCGAGAAGGGCGAGCAGUGGCAGCCGGCGCUUGCGCUGCUGAGCGAGAUGUGGGAGGCGAAGCUGAAGCCCAACGUCUCAGCUACAACGCUGGGAUCAGCGCGUGCGAGAAGGGCGAGCAGUGGCCGCGCGCUCUGGCGUUGCUGA